AUGAACCCGCCUCCUCCCCGCGAUGCAGACUUCCCUUUUGGCGCCACUCACGCCAGCGCAGAGUUCAUACUUCGGUCGUCCGAUGGGACAAACCAUGUCGAUUUCUUCGUUCACAAGUUGAUCUUAUCGAUGACAUCUCCCUUCUACAAAACCAUGUUCACUCUCCCGCCUCCAUCUACGCCGCCGCCGCCGGGUCCCCAGUCUGUCGAUAUAGAGCGAAUCGUAGACGGCGUUCAGUAUGUCGUUCUUCCGGUCAGCGAAGACGCCGAGACCACACUCCAUUUCCUCCAUCAUUGCUAUCCAUACAACAAUCCGCCGCCCACUGAUCCCCCGAUCCUGCGCAAGCUCUUACGCGUCCUACACAAGUUUGAUAUGAUGGAUCGUCUGUCCCACCACGUAAACACAUUGAUCGCGUUCCUUGCUCGAGAGAGACCCGCCACGGCCUUCGCCAUCGCUCACCUGUUCAAGGAAAAGCUAGGACCCGCCGCUCGAGACGCCGCCUAUCUCUCUCUACGCAGAACCUCUGCGCAAAUCACGCAGGAACAAGCCGCGCUAGCGCAUGAUGAUACAGAGCUCCAACACGCCUUCAACCGACUCAUCAGGUAUCGUCAGUCGUGUACAAGUUGUGCUAGGUCAACGGCGGACAACGUCAAUCGUAUCAGCUGUUACGACGUUCCGGGAUCGAUGGAGAAGGACUGGUGUUCAUGUCCUGCGUAUUCGACGGGAUACAAGCCUGGGAGGGGGAUCGAGCGGUACCCGAUGUGGGUGAGGGACUUUAUGGAAGGGUGUAAGGAGGUGUUGGAGGAGACCCCGCAUCCGGAUAUGAUGUUGGACGCGAGGCUGUAUAUCCUACCUGUGAAGACUGCGGCUGGGUCCGGAUGUGCUAGGUGUCGGGUCACGGUGGAUGGGCUGCCUUUGUUUGGGGCUCGUCUUGCGAAAAAGGUUGCUUUGGCACUUGAGGGAACUUUUGUCUCCGCUGCCGCCCACAACAUCGCUUCAGACUUCUGUCUCCGCUGCACUCUAGUUAUCCCACUCAAUAUGUACUCAGAUGCUCAGGUUCUCAACUGGACUCUCUCGUCCGACGACUUAGGUGCUUGCCCCCAUGCCGACUGUAAGGACAUCUGUUUCGGAUUCUGGCCACUUCAAGACCCGACCAACAUUGGGCUUGCCAUGAAUCCCGCCACGUUGCCCAUGGCAAAGUGCAUGUUCUGUCCGCACGUCGCGAUCUUCCACAAGAAAAAAGCGGCACCAAAUCGUCCAUCCGCGUCCGACUUUGCCCCGCAAGCGAAUACUGCUCCGCAGUUCCCGAAGACCGCUGGUCCUACGCCCACUCAAAGCACUCUCUUCGGUUCUCGUCCCCCGGUUUAUACCCCGCCAGCAUACUCUUCAACGGCUUCUACGUCUACGGCCCCUGCCUCCUCUGCCUUCGGCUUUGAUCCGAACGUCUUCAAAACGCAUACCAGUGUCCGAACGGAUCGCGUCGACCAGGCUCAGGACGCUGCUCCUCAUCCAGCUCCUACCAAUCCUCGGCCUACUUCCAUACCCUCCUACGCUGCUCGUGCCGCCGGUCGCUCCGAGGAUAUCGGCAACAACACCAUGGCUCAGAAAGAAGGCAAACCUCAGAGUAAGCUUCAGAAUCACUUUCAUCCGAGUACCGACAAUGCUACCGAAGCCAGUACUAACGGUCGUAAACGCCCCAAGGGUUCCCGCAAGUCGAAGAAGUCGUUGGGCGGUCAAGAUGUCAGCGGUGCGAAAUCCUUGUCCUCGAAGGCUGGAGAUACGGUCGAGUUCACCAUCGCCCUCCUUCCCAACACGGCCGCCGUGCACGGAGGUUACUGUCGUCUUCCGAAAGCUGACGGCCUCGUCCGGCUAGACAGUCUCGAACUCGUCAAGACCGUCAAGAUCUUCUCCGAUGACUCUGCCGAAAAUAUAUCCGAAAAAAUCACCACCCUCUUCCGCCAUGUCCCCGAACUCUGUGAAUCCGCCGACGCUUGCGACGAGGCCCAUUCCACUCACCCAAACGACCCUAACCUCCCCUUUGCGGCUUGGGUUCCUCUUUUCCCUCGCAAGAUCAAGCGCGGUGUUGCACCCCUUCUGAAACCCUACCCUCAAACUCGUCAACUCGAUCUGAGUCAACUUCGACGACUUGCUGCCGCAAGCGCCGUUCGAAACGCAAAAACCGCCUUCAAGAACCUUGUUCUCAUCGCUCUUCCUCAAGGCCGGGGAGAUAUCGCGGACGCCUUAGGUAGUGAUGAUGACUCGGAGGAUGAGACGGACGACGACGACGACGACGACGAUGAGGAUGGGGAUGAGGAAGAGUGUGAGGAAGAGGAUGCGUCCGUAUUGCCGUCUGACACUGGAGGGGUCGAGGAUCCUGUCGGCGAGGGGAGCAACAAGGGGGAAGAGUCGAAUGGUGACCUUACUGACAUGCCUCCGCCAAAGCGCCCUCGUACGGACAAGGGCCCGUCAACGUCCGACACCGCGACAGAAUCACCCUCAAUGUCUGCUAAUUCCAACACGCCCGCCUCUGCUUCAGGGCCUUCCACUACCGUACUGGCCUGGCAACAGUCCUGGGCGCUAUACCUCCUUGGGAAUGUUGUAGAACCUCGACCUCGUAAUUCUAGCAUGUGGCCUUCCAUCCCUCACGCAAUGUAUGGUCCUGCUCUGGCUUCGAUGAAAGCUAUGAAGGCGGCCCACUCCGUCUAUUAUGGCAAAACCACAGCUAGCACAUCGCUCGACGAAUUGAUUUUUUGGAACAGCUUUAUCGUUCCGUUCAUCGACUCGAUCGACUUCCUCAAGACGCUUGCUGCUGAACUACCGACAUUCUCCUCCGACGAGGUUACCGCUGCAACUACCAAGUUCGGCCCUCAUGGUCUACACGAGAUUGCGGAAGGUCUUUCCUACGUCUAUACCUUCCUCCCGACAGUUACCUUCCCCUCUCAUGACGUCUGGAAGCAAUAUCGCACAACACUGGGCGAAAUCUCCAAAUCAAUUUAUGGUCUUGUCCGCAACUUUUACCGCUGUCCCACAAGCCCCUCACCCGACGUGUAUUCGAUUCCCGCCAUUCGUCUGUUUGCUAGAGCGGUUGCCCAGUGUGACAAGAAGCGUGAGCUCCAGAUUGCAUCCGAGUACGAUUGGCGCAAGCUUCAUGUUGUGUUCCUCCUCGAUUCGUCAAAGCCGGAGGAACGCCGCACAAAUAUCACUCACAAUAAGUAG